UGAUUUAUGUUAUGACUUAAUCGUAUAGGAACCCGCUAAGAGCCAAGGCAGACUACAUCAAAAGGAAGCUAUUGCUAUUGUAAUUUGGACUCAUAUUUCCACAUCUUUGUUCUUCCAUGACAACAAUGAUGCAAAGUCACAACAGUCCUGGAUUAUAUGCUGUUCCAUAGAAACCUGUGUCUGGUAGGAAUACAAGCUUUUCAAACAGAAUAUUUCUCAUAAAAUUCUACGUGUUUUGAAGUUUCACAAAACUUUCAGAAUUGUUCUUGUUUUGGUAACUUAUUUCGUAGUAGGUUAUUAAAAUAGAAUAAUUUUAUGAGCUAAGACUUUCCGAUCUAUUAUGAGAGUGAAAUGCCUGGAUUCGAACACCAGGUAGGCUGCCUGUGUAGGGCACAUGCUGCACAUUUACCCAGGGGGCUGACAGCUUCUAUUUUACUGUCCUCAGUUUUUAAAUUAAACCAGAUCUCAACUUAACGAGAAGUCUUUUAUUGGUUUUUGGUGCAGGUAACUCUUUUGGUAUAAACAACAAAAGCCUUUUAAAAAUAAAACAGAUAACUCUUAAGGUCUAAAAUUUCUCCUGAUGUCAGAGGGCAAAGUAUGAAAACCAACAAAAAAAACAGUGCUGAUCCAAAUGUGCUCUUGGCUCUAAGUCAGCAGUAGAAGGCCUUCAAUAUAAAUAUGGAAUAUUCCACUCAUCCUUCCUAUCUUAUUUUGUAAAAGAAUAGUAAUUCUCCACACAUCCAUUCUUUAUUUUCAUUAUCAUUCCAUUUUGUGAAAAAGAAGAAACACAAAGUUCAGACUCUUCUGUAGUUAUGACAUAAGUAACAUAAAAAUCAGAGGUCUACAAAAGUCACGAGUAGAAGAUCUGAAUCCCACUUGGGUAUUUAAGCUUCUCCAGGACCUCAUUCCCGUACAAAAUGGCACGCAUUUACUUCAUUUACUUCACCGUGUGGCUAUGAAUGCAAACAGUUAACAUGUGUUGAGCACACAUGAAUAUAAGGAAUUGUUACAAUGUUGGUGAUAGAAAAUAGGAGAGAAUAUGCUGCCAUGUGAUAUAGUGAUUACAUGGAAAAUAUGAACCCUGGAGUUUUCUAUCUGGCUUCAAAUCCUGGCUCCGUCUCUAAGAAGCUGUGUAAUUCUGGGUAAGGUACCUAACUUCUGCUGGCCAGUUUCUUCAUCUGAAAAUGAGGAUCAUAAUAAUCUACCUCAGCAAAUGAUCUGAUAGAGUAAAGGGCUUGAAGCAAUGCCUGGCAUUUAACAAGCAUGCAAUAAGUAUGCAACUGUUAUUACUGCAUUGCUAUCCAUUAAUAGAAGGCAUAAACAAGUUGGGACCUGGCUUCUUAAAUAAAAAAAAAAAACAACUACUGGGGUGGAAAAUGGGAUAGGAAAGCUCCAAUUAGUGUAUCCACUGCCAUCUGUCAAAAACAGCAGACAGGAAUCAAGUUCAUAAGCGUGAGAAGGUGGGCUGCACCACCGCAGCUUGUUAAUGACCUGAUGGAGUGACAUACCUUACCCAUUCUACUGCUGCUACUCCUUAGGGAGGUAAGUAUAGAGAAAGGAAGAGGCUUUGGUUUGGAACUAGUUCUAGUGUUUCUGUAGACACUGUACCAUAGAGGACAAAUAUUUCUCAUCUGCCGCAGCACAAAUGAAACACUCCAAGCACGCAUUUUAGCAUAUGUGCCACUGCCAUAAACACCUGACGAGCCAGGGAACCUGAAUUCCAGACCUGGCUCUAAUCUCAUCCCUUUGUGUGGGCCUGGCCCUCAAUAUGCACCUGGGUUCAGAGAGGUUCUCGAAUGAGAUGGGCUCUACGGCUUUCCAACUCCAAGAAUCAUAUUCAGUUAUAGACAGUUUCUUUCCUUGGUAAUAGAAAAUUAUUAACAUUUUACUAAAAUACAGUUCACUAGAACCUGUUAGAAAAAUUAACCUGCUGAAUCCCAUAUAAGCUUAGAGCAUAUAUCAUAUUACAAUUUAGGAAAUGCAAUUUCCCACAAUAAUGACCAUAAGCCUUAUUCUAUCACUUUUAAACUUGUCACCAAUCGCAAAAGGACACACUACAAAAACAAAAAUAUGAUGCUAAAACUUUCUGGUUUUAGAUUUGUCUAAAAAUCUUUCUUUAAUUUGAUAGAUAAAAAAGGUAUUUGUUGAGAGACCUAAUUUAACUGAAACUGCACAAUAUAAAUAUAAAUUACUGACUACUGAAGUCACCUAAUGUUAGGAAGUAAUGUUUUAAUUGAUGCCUUACGAAUAUUGUAUACCGUUUUCAGAAUUUUAAGAUAGUAAGUGAGCUUUCUGGAGGUAAGAAGAGUAUCUCAUAGGGUCUCAGGAAACCCAGGAGCACCUAACAGCAGCCUCUGCACACAGGUGCACCCAUCAACAUCUGCUCGCUGGCUGGGGAGCAAAGAAUACAGUGGCAGUUGAAGAACUAGUCUCAGAUCUAAGUUUAAACAAAUGCGAAGGCGCUAUGAUACUGAAUUUAAGAAAUUAACAACAAUUCUGACCCAAUUUACUAAUGUCAAUAGAUAAUUCAGUUUUCCUCUCAGAUACUUUUGUAUAUUACGGACUUUAAAAGAUUGGUAUUAAUGCUUUUUACUUUUUCCCUUCACCGUUUUUUUCUUUUUCAAAAAGACGUCAUACAACUUCAUUUCAAAAUGAAGGCUUUUAUCUGGACCCUAAGCGUGCUCCUCCUCCUGCUAACGGGCUCUGGACGCUGCCGAGGGGGACAGUUCAAAAUAAAAAAAAUAACUCAGAGGAGAUCCCCUCGGGCCACGGACAGUAAAGAGGAAGUCAAGAAAUGUGCGUACACAUUCCUGGUACCGGAGCAAAAAAUAACGGGGCCAAUCUGCGUGAACACCAAAGGGCAAGACGCAGGGGCCAUCAAAGACAUGAUCACCCGGAUGGACCUUGAGAACCUGAAGGACGUGCUCUCCAAGCAGAAGCGGGAGAUCGACGUCCUGCAGCUGGUGGUGGACGUGGACGGAAACAUCGUGAACGAGGUGAAGCUGCUGAGGAAAGAAAGCCGCAACAUGAACUCGCGUGUUACUCAGCUCUACAUGCAGCUGCUGCACGAGAUUAUCCGCAAGAGGGACAACUCGCUCGAACUCUCCCAGCUGGAAAAUAAAAUCCUCAACGUCACCACAGAAAUGUUGAAGAUGGCGACGAGGUACAGGGAACUAGAGGUGAAAUAUGCUUCCUUGACGGAUCUCGUCAACAACCAGUCCGUGAUGAUCACUCUAUUGGAAGAACAGUGCCUGAGGAUAUUUUCCCGACAAGACCCCCACGUGUCUCCUCCUCUUGUCCAGGUAGUGCCACAACACGUUCCCAACAGCCACCAGUACACGCCUGGCCUGCUGGGGGGUAACGAGAUACAGAGAGAUCCGGGUUAUCCCAGAGAUCUCAUGCCACCGCCUGAUCUGGCAACGGCUCCCACCAAAAGCCCUUUCAAGAUGCCACCAGUGACUUUCAUCAAUGAAGGACCGUUCAAAGACUGUCAGCAUGCAAAAGAAGCGGGUCAUUCGAUCAGUGGGAUUUAUAUGAUUAAACCUGAAAACAGCAAUGGACCAUUGCAGUUAUGGUGUGAGAACAGUUUGGAUCCUGGGGGCUGGACUGUUAUUCAGAAAAGAAUGGAUGGCUCUGUCAACUUCUUCAGAAACUGGGACAAUUAUAAGAAAGGGUUUGGAAACAUUGAUGGAGAAUAUUGGCUCGGAUUAGAAAAUAUCUAUAUGCUUAGCAAUCAAGACAACUACAAGUUGCUGAUUGAACUGGAAGACUGGAGUGACAAGAAAGUCUAUGCGGAGUACAGCAGCUUCCGCCUGGAACCGGAGAGCGAGUUCUACAGACUGCGCCUGGGAACGUACCAGGGGAACGCAGGGGAUUCUAUGAUGUGGCACAACGGUAAACAGUUCACCACGCUGGACAGAGACAAAGACAUGUACACGGGGAACUGCGCCCACUUUCAUAAAGGAGGAUGGUGGUACAAUGCCUGUGCGCACUCCAACCUCAACGGAGUCUGGUACAGAGGCGGCCAUUACAGAAGCAAGUACCAAGAUGGUGUCUUCUGGGCCGAAUACCGAGGCGGGUCCUACUCCUUGAGGGCAGUCCAGAUGAUGAUCAAGCCUAUUGACUGAAGGGGCACAGUCUACAACUUAAAUAGAACUCUGUAUUUUUAAGUUCCUAAAAAUGUAAAUGUCAAAUGUGUAUUAUUUUGCACAAUUCAUUUCCAUGGAUAUAGUUUUUUAAAUGAAUUUUAUCAUAACUACAAGAGCGGAGUUAUGAAGUUUCAUCUUCCUUCAAUAUACUGCAGAUGAUUAUUGCUAUCCAUAAUCCUAGUUAUUUUAAAAA